CGUCAAGGUUCAAAGUCAAACAUAUUCCGUGACACUGUCAAAAAUGUUGACAUUUAACUGUCAGUAAUGUCCUGGAAACAAAAACAUCCUUUAGAUUAAAACCAGCCAUCUUAAAUUACAAAUUUGUAUUCAAAAUUAUGUCAAAUUUUCUGUGUAUGUCACUUUCACCUUUAUAAUAAUUUUAGGCCCUAAAACGCAAUAAUGUCUUGCCAACGGAAAAUAAAAGAAACCAAUUCCAAUAUAAAAAGCAUCUGGGCCAGGAACAUAUUCGAUUCCAGAGGUAAUCCCACCGUAGAAGUGGAUAUAAAGACGAAUUUGGGUACGUUCAGAGCUGCGGUACCUUCCGGAGCCAGUACCGGUAUCCACGAAGCGCUAGAACUUAGAGACGAAAUCAAAGAACAGUAUCAUGGAAAAAGCGUGUUUAAAGCUAUCUAUAAUAUCAAUAGUAUGAUUGCUCCUGCUCUAUUAAGAGAAGAUUUGGAUGUUACAAUGCAAGAAAGAAUCGAUAAAUUUAUGAUAGACCUCGACGGAACUGAAAACAAGUCCAGAUUAGGAGCCAACGCUAUUCUGGGAGUAUCAUUGGCUGUUUGUAAAGCCGGAGCAGCCAAAAGAGGCCUUCCUCUUUACAGACACAUAGCCGAUUUAGCUAAUAACAAAUCCUUGAUACUUCCUGUACCCGCUUUUAACGUAAUCAACGGAGGUUCUCACGCUGGUAACAAACUAGCCAUGCAAGAGUUCAUGAUCUUACCAACCGGAGCGCAUUCCUUCACAGAAGCGAUGAAGAUGGGCAGCGAGACGUACCAUCAUUUGAAGAAGGUAAUCCAUACGAACUUCGGUUUGGACGCCACCGCUGUGGGCGAUGAAGGUGGGUUCGCUCCGAAUAUUCCCAGCGCUGAAGAAGCUUUAAGUUUAAUCCAGCAAGCCAUCGCUAAAGCUGGAUACACCGGACAAAUUGAAAUCGGCAUGGAUGUUGCCGCUUCUGAAUUCUACAAAGAAGGUCUUUACGAUCUCGACUUUAAGAAUCCAAAAUCAGAUCGAUCGAAAUGGAUCAAGGGUAGCGAGUUGUACCAAAUCUACCAAGGUUUUAUCUCUAAGUUCCCCAUUGUGUCCAUUGAGGAUCCUUUUGAUCAAGACGACUUUGACGCUUGGUCUAACAUAACUGGAAACGUAAGUAUCCAAAUAGUUGGAGAUGAUCUAACUGUCACUAACCCUAAAAGAAUAGAAAUGGCUGCCGCUACCAAAUCUUGCAACUGCUUGCUGUUGAAAGUCAACCAAAUUGGAUCCGUAACCGAAUCUAUUAAGGCUCAUCUCUUGGCCAAAAAGAACGGUUGGGGUACCAUGGUGUCGCACAGAUCUGGAGAAACUGAAGACACGUUCAUUGCUGAUCUUGUGGUUGGAUUGUCCACUGGGCAAAUCAAGACCGGAGCACCUUGUAGAUCGGAAAGGUUGUGCAAGUAUAAUCAGAUUUUGCGUAUCGAAGAAGAGCUGUGCAAAGAUGCUAGGUUUGCUGGUAAAAACUUUAGGAAACCCGUUUAGGACCCACAUUUAUAUAUCGCUUGAAAUUAUUUUUUUAUUGUAACAUGUUUAGUGUAUUAAGGAAAAUAAAAAGUUUUUAAUUUGUCGAAGGCAUA